CGAUCACUUGCUGGAGCGCACGUCAGCGCGCGCCAGAGCCGGUGCAGGCCCCGCCCCUUCUCCCUGCUCGCCCCGCCCCCGGCCUCUCUCCCAUUGCUCGGCCCCAGGGCUCUCAGCAGCUGGGCAUCCGCGCUGCGCGGCCAUGGAGAUUCCCGGGAGUCUGUGCAAGAAAGUCAAGCUGAGCAAUAACGCGCAGAACUGGGGGAUGCAGAGAGCAACCAAUGUCACCUAUCAAGCCCACCAUGUCAGCAGGAAUAAGAGAGGGCAGGUGGUGGGGACCAGAGGUGGCUUCCGUGGUUGCACAGUUUGGCUGACAGGAUUGUCCGGGGCAGGGAAGACGACUGUGAGCAUGGCUCUGGAGGAGUACCUGGUAUGCCACGGCAUUCCAUGCUACACGUUGGAUGGUGACAACAUCCGCCAGGGUCUCAAUAAAAACCUCGGCUUCAGUCCUGAGGACAGAGAAGAGAACGUUCGCCGCAUAGCGGAGGUGGCGAAGCUGUUUGCAGAUGCCGGCUUAGUGUGCAUCACAAGCUUUAUAUCGCCUUACACACAGGUACGUAAAGGCUUCACUGGGAUCGACUCUGAGUAUGAGAAGCCUGAGGCCCCAGAGCUGGUGCUGAAAACAGAUUCCUGUGACGUCAAUGACUGCGUUCAGCAGGUUGUGGAGCUUCUGCAGGAGCGGGACAUUGUCCCCGUGGAUGCCUCCUAUGAAGUGAAAGAGCUGUAUGUGCCAGAGAAUAAACUUCACUUGGCCAAAACUGAUGCAGAAGCCUUACCAGCCCUGAAAAUCAAUAAAGUGGAUAUGCAGUGGGUGCAGGUUUUGGCAGAAGGUUGGGCAACUCCUUUGAACGGCUUCAUGAGAGAGAGGGAAUACUUGCAGUGCCUUCAUUUCGAUUGUCUUCUGGAUGGAGGCGUCAUCAACUUAUCAGUGCCUAUAGUCCUGACAGCUACGCAAGAGGACAAAGAGAGGCUGGAUGGCUGCACAGCGUUCGCUCUGGUGUAUGAGGGCCGCCGUGUGGCCAUCCUCCGGAAUCCUGAAUUUUUUGAGCACCGGAAAGAAGAGCGUUGUGCCAGACAGUGGGGAACAACAUGCAAGAACCACCCCUACAUCAAGAUGGUUCUGGAACAAGGGGAUUGGCUCAUUGGAGGAGAUCUUCAGGUCCUGGACCGGAUUUACUGGAACGAUGGUCUUGAUCAGUAUCGUCUUACCCCUACGGAGCUCAAGCAGAAGUUUAAAGAUAUGAAUGCUGAUGCUGUCUUUGCAUUUCAGUUGCGCAACCCAGUGCACAACGGACAUGCUCUGUUAAUGCAGGACACCCACAGGCAGCUUCUAGAGAGGGGCUACCGGCGCCCUGUCCUCCUCCUCCACCCUCUGGGUGGCUGGACGAAGGAUGACGAUGUGCCUUUGAUGUGGCGUAUGAAGCAGCACGCUGCAGUGCUGGAGGAGGGCAUCCUGAAUCCUGAAACGACAGUGGUGGCCAUUUUUCCAUCUCCUAUGAUGUAUGCUGGGCCAACCGAGGUGCAGUGGCAUUGCAGGGCGCGGAUGGUGGCUGGAGCCAAUUUUUAUAUUGUUGGACGAGACCCUGCUGGCAUGCCUCAUCCUGAGACAGGGAAGGAUCUCUACGAGCCAACCCACGGUGCCAAAGUGCUGACGAUGGCCCCUGGCCUGAUUACCUUGGAAAUUGUUCCCUUCCGAGUUGCAGCUUACAACAAGAAAAAGAAGCGGAUGGACUACUAUGACUCCGAGCACCAUGAAGACUUUGAGUUCAUUUCAGGAACAAGGAUGCGCAAACUGGCCCGUGAAGGCCAGAAACCUCCAGAGGGCUUCAUGGCCCCCAAGGCCUGGACUGUGCUGGUGGAGUACUACAAGUCCUUAGAGAAAGCCUAACUGCUGAGCUGGGCACUCUGCCUGGGACGCAUGGCUGAGUAACCAAGGGGACCACACAGUCACUGACAGCCAUUCACUGCGGUUGUCUGUCUGGACACACUUCCUGAAAUCAGGCCGUUUCCCUCCGUGUGCAUCGAUUUUGGUCUGCCUUUGAGUUCUGUUUCAAACUAGUGUAACUCCACCCUGGCUCUAAUGUAUCUUUUCCACUUAUUGUUAAUAUUCUUAUAAUACGAUUUUAAAACUCUUGCCUUUUUAUAUUGUAUUUAUGCUUCUGUCUUACGAUUUUUCCAAGCUGACUUGCUAGUUUUAACCAGUAAUACACACAUCAUCUAGCUUUUCAUUCUUUAAGAAAGGGGGAAAAAUCACUAAACAACAAAGUUGGCGAGAGCUUGUUUGGGGAAUUUUAAAAAUUUUACAAACUAUUGUAGCAAUUAGGUUUUUUUAUUUUACAUUAAAAAUGUACACUGCUCCUCCUCUCCCCUGCAGCCCUACGUGUUGAUGAACUCUUGCUAUCUGUGUUAAGUACUUAAUGAAUGCCUUGAUUCAAUAAAAUUAAUUUUUUGGCUUA